AUGCUGCAGCAACUCGAUGCACGGGUCUUGACGGAUGUGUAUGCGUUUGACGCGAAAAACCUCGUGCUCUUGCACGACGACCCCCUGGACCACGCUGACAGAAGACAAGCGCUCGUCGACGCGGCCGAUACAAGUCUCAAAAACGUGUCGCCGUCCAUGGCGACCGAGCUGCCGCUGUCGUCGAUUGUGCGGGCUGCUGCGCAG